AUGUCAAACGUAAUCCUUACUAUUGAUAAUCCAAAAUAUCCAUUGAUUGAUGAUCCUAAUCUGAGUAAGGUAGAUAGACAAUUUAAUAUUUACCAAUAUGUUUGGCAAAGUUAUUCCUCUUCUAUUGAUGAAUCGGCUUUGGAUGGUGCAAAAAUUCUUGAUGUUGGGUCUAUGGGAGAUCUAUGGGCAGCACAUAUAAAAAAAGAACAUCCUUCAGCCGAUUUCACGAUCCUUGACAUACCUGAUUUUCCCACUGAUCCCUCAACUGCAACAUUCGAGGAAGCUAAAGCUGUUCUAAAGGGAUUGCCAUAUAAUGAAAAUACUUUUGAUCUUGUUCAUCAAAGAUUUAGAGCCAACGCUUCAUUUACUGAACAACAAUUAAAAGAAAAAGUCAUAAACGAUUAUAUCAGGGUCCUUAAACCCGGUGGUUGGAUUGAAAUCACGGAUUUUGACCAAGAAAUUUUCAAUUCUGGAGAAGCUUAUAAAAAAAUUCAAAAAGCCACACAUGAUACUCUUAUCCAAGGAGGAUUCAAUCCUACCCCAAGUUCAUUUCUUACCAAAUUUAUUGAAUCACACAAGGAUUUGACCAAUUUCAAGUUCAUAGAACAUAAAUAUCCGGUUGGUAAAUGGGGCGGCGUUCUUGGUAAAGUGAUAAUUAAGCAAUGGGAGGUGAUUUACAAAGAUUAUGCUCCAGUUAUGAAGAGUACAUUGAAUUGCUCUGAUGAAGAAUAUUCUGAUUUGUUAACAAAAUUUGUCAAUGAAGUUGAAGAACAUAAAUCAUAUUGG